GUCUCUUUGGUUCGAGGGCGUGGUUCGGAAGGAGGCUCGUUCAAGGUUUUCUGCUUAGCGGUAGCCGGUAGGUGAUUACUUGAUUCCUUAGUCGAGGGAUCAGAUGUUCCCGUAGUGCCGCGACCCUAAUGGCGGUAGCUGCAUCCACUUUCACGCCAUGUCCACCACUACCAACCCCAACUUCUUCCUUCAAGGCCUUCAGCCGAUCCGAUCAACCCUCCAAGCUCCGAACUUCAAUGGUGGUAACUGCAUCCACUUUCACGCCAUGUGCACCUCUACCAACCUCAAUUUCUCCCUCCGAGACUUUCAACCCAUCCGAUCAACCAUCCAAGCUCCUGCACGUCCUCUACAACAUUCAAGCCUCCACCACCACCCUCCCGCAACUGAAGCAAAUCCACGCCCACAUCCUGAGAAACCAUCUCCACGGCCAGAAUUUCCUCCUCAAGCGACUCCUCGACUCAUACAUCUCCUUCGGCGAUAUGAGGCACGCCCAUCAAACGUUUGAGCAAAUGGCCGACCCCAACAUCCACGCUUGGAACAGCAUCCUCAAAGCAUACUUGGACGGCGGCCGGUGCUACGUAGCGCUUCAACUCUAUGCUCGCAUGCUUCGGAGCGGUCUCACCCCGUCAAACUUCUGCUUCCCUCUGGCGCUUAAAGCCUCUGCCCGUCUUCCAUCGCUCCCUGUUGGCAAGCAGAUCCAUGCUCACGUCGUGAAAUUCGGCGCCGGGGCCGACGUUUUCGUUGCUAGUGCUUUGGUGGACAUGUACGCGAAAUGCGGAAAGCUGACCGUGGCUCUCCAGGUGUUUGACAAAAUGCCUGAAAGAAAUGUUGUUGCCUGGACUGCGUUGGUUGAUGCCUGUGCGAAGUCUGGUGAUAUGGAUUGUGCACAAAAAGUGUUCGACGAAAUGCCUGACAAGAACGUUUUCUCGUGGACGGCAUUGGUUUCGGGUUAUACCCAGAACGGAAUGUGGGAGGAGGCACUAGAGGUGUUUCGAAGGAUGCAGGUGGAAGGUGCGAGACCGGAUGAAGUUGCCGUCUUGAGUGCACUUGCAGCUUGUUCUCACGUGGGUGCAUUGGAAUUAGGCCAAUGGAUCCAUGAUUAUGCUAAAAAAAAUGGAUUAAAUAUGCAGAAAGUUUCUUUGUGUAAUGCACUCAUAGACAUGUAUGCUAAAUGUGGGGAUAUAAAUAAAGCAAGGAUAAUUUUUGAUGCAAUGGUACACAGGAGCCAAGCGUCGUGGAACUCUAUGAUUGUUGGAUUUGCCAUCCAUGGACAUGUACAGGAAUCUAUUCAAUUUUUUGAAGGCAUGCAAAAAGCUGGGUUCAGGCCUAAUGAGGUGAGUUUUACUGGCCUCUUGCAUGGUUGCUCCCAUGGUGGGUUAGUUGAUGAAGGGACCAACUAUUUUGAUUCAAUGAAGAGAGAUUAUGGGGUUGAGCCUAACAUGAAGCACUAUGGAUGCAUGGUGGAUCUACUAGGUCGAGCAGGGCGUCUUGGUGAUGCCUAUGAUUUUGUUAAAGGCAUGCCUUUUAAGCCAAAUUACAUAGUAUGGAGUGCUUUACUUGCAGCAUGUAGAAAUCAUGGUGACCUAGAACUCGCAGAACAUGUAAUUGGAGAAGUUAAUGAUCUAGAGCCGUGGAGCACUGGAAACUAUGUGAUGCUAUCCAACGUGUAUGCAGCUAACGGGCAGUGGGAUCAUGCUGCAGGGACUCGUGCGAUGCUCAGAGAGAAGGGGAUUGUAAAGCUCCCGGGAUGCAGUUGGAUCGAGCUAAAUAACACAGUUCAUUCAUUCAUUGCAGGGGAUAAGACUCACCCUCAGAGAAAUGAGGUAAACGAAACUUUGGAUCACCUAGGAAAGAUGCUGAAAAUAGUGGGCGAUGCGCCUUGCACUGUGACCAUUACAUGAGAUGGAAGAGGAAACGGAGACUUGCUUGGUAAUCAUAGAUGAGGAGCUGGCCAUUUCCUCAUUCUGAUCAACAUAGAACGUUAACGUCAUUCAGAUUGCGAGGUGUCUGCGUGAACAGCCAUAAUAACCAAAUGGGUGUUCGAAGACAAUGGCCCAGGUAUUGUUGGUGGGAUGGGCAUCGGUUUGGUUCUCCCAAUGAUUCCUAACUUCCUUGUCCGCUGGGUGCUGUUCUUGAAGUUCAACGUAAGUAAUAGUGUUAAGGUACAUGAUGCCAACUCCAACGUGGCCAUCCAGUACCUGACCAACCUUACUGUAUUAUUUGGUAUACUCCUAAAAGCAGGAAAAUCAAAUUCCAUGCAAUUAUACAGAAGGGAAUAUCUAAAAUAUACUUGAUGAAAGAUCUGAUACCUCUUUUUUAAGAAAAAGUAUUGGACUAAUUGAUCUGAUUGUACCGAGAAAAUGAGCAAGGAAAAAAAUAGAAAAAGUUACAAAUGGUCGCUAUGUCUUGAUCCAGUAACAGAAAGGUCACCUUUUUAUGUAUCUUCUCAAAGAGCCGCUUUACUUAAGGAGGUGGAUGGAGGACUAUUGGCCUUCUUUGCCUCUCCGUCUCUCUCGUCAGGAACGGUGCCUCCUUCUCGAGAUGCUCCUUCCCGAUUUGAGAGAUACUGCCGUGCCCCUCUCGUCAGGAAGUAAGUGCGCCUUCUUACGGGCCUGCCUCUGCCAGGAAGGAUGGGCACCUCCCCAUCAGGCCCUUCUGGCCCUCUUGACGAGUGAGACGUCACCACUGUGCUGCGUGCAAAUACAAUAAAACAAUAUGGUAUGCUGAUGGUCUUGGUUUAAUCCUAUGCGCCACACCCACGACAAUUUGGGGUGUAAUAUGCAUCAUAGAACAAUAUAAUCUGAUGACUCAUUUUGCCACAGAAGCAGGUUAUACAAGCAGACAGCAUGCUGAAGUGCAGUCUCUGUGCAGCUGUGGAAACACCAUUACUAA